AUGAAUAACUGUGGAUGUACGGCGUCGGAAGAUGACUACGACGAAUCAGCAGGGACAUUGUCAGACGAGGGACUGGUAGCGUGGGGCUAUCAAGAACAUUACGAUGACGGAUGGUGGAGCGACGACGAUCAUGGCCCCACAUAUAUGGACGACAUGGUUACUUGGAUUGGAGGAGAUCGAUAUCACGACCACGACCACUACGAUACCUAUGGCAGUGGUUAUGGCUCGAGCUCCCAGAACUGGAGCGAGAGCGAAAUUGACGAUGGUUCCAUCUCAGACAAUUCUCAUCUAUCAGGUCGCAAUGUUCCCGACCCAGCAGCAGUUCCGUAUUGUCAAAGAUGUGACCGCACGUUUAUGACCCAACAAGGUCUCGAAUCCCACUUGAGGCAGAGUUCGCAACACCCGUUUUACUGUCUGGCGUGCAAGAUUGAUUUUGACCGUGUCGAUGAUCUGAGGGCACAUGCAGAGUCUGGCCAUCGUCAGCCUGAAACUGUUCAACGAGUGGGCGGGCAAGGUCUGACGCCACCCUCACCACCUCCGGUGUUCACUCGCGCGUAUGCAGCAGCUAGGGCUGCAGAGGCCGCAGCUCGUCGCCAAGCCACAACAGCGUCAGCGGCGUCAGCAGCAGACACAUCUCUGUCCACAAUCCGGGGUCCCGAGGGCUCUCCGAUUGCCGCAACGUCUCAAGUUCCCACCUCCGUUGGAGGGAUUGCUCCCAGCUCGUCUAAAAAUCCCACCACUACCAAGCCGGCCAUCACAGUGACCUGCCCCCUGUGUCUAGACCGGGCGGAGGCCCUUACGUCAACGCUUUGCGGUCACGUUUUUUGCAAAGAGUGUGUUACGGCUGCCGUUCAGCACAAGCCCGAGUGCCCUGUCUGUCGUGCGUACUCACACCCUAGAAGCUUGCAUCCAAUAUACCUCAACAUUCUUUCUUGA